UCGGCAACAAGGGGGCGCCUGCCUAUUGCCGAGAGCGCUCGCGUCCUCUCGAAUGCGGCAGGCGAACGUGACGUUCCACUGCUACGGCCUCUACCACUGGACGUUGUCGACACUGGUGCCCGCGUUGAGUGGACCCGCGCUGCUAGCAGCGGGACCCAACGGAACGGGCCUCGCAAUGCUAGCGACUGCCGCAGCGCCUCAGGCGCCGCCGUCAACCGCUACGGCUCAGGGCGGCGACCCGGCCGAAGCCGAGAUGUCGGCCGGUGAGUGGGUGGAUGCCUGCUUUCUGCGCCACUCGGCGCCCUGGGUGGUGGGCUACUGCGUGGCGUACACGGCCGUGUUCGUGGUCGGCGUCGUGGGCAACUGCUGCGUGCUGCGCGUGGUGAGCCGCAACGCGUCCAUGAAGAACUCUGCCUUCCACGCGCUGCUUGUCAACCUGGCCGUGGCCGACCUCAUGGUCAUCGUUUUCUGCCUUCCAGUCACCCUCGUCGGACACUUGUUCGGACCUUGGCUUCUCGGUUUGUUCGUUUGCAAGAGCGUCUCAUACCUGCAAGGAGUCUCCGUUUGUGCAUCUGUCAACACACUGAUGGCCAUUUCAAUCGACAGAUACUACGCCAUCUGCUACCCCAUGAAGCGACAGAUCAGCCUGCGCACCUGCCGCGUCGUCAUCGCCAUCAUAUGGGCGUUCAGCUUGACCAUUACGUUGCCGUGGACCUUCUUUUUCCGACUGAUGCCCAUGCUGAGCGAUAGCGAGACCACGCUGCAGGUGUGCCGCGAGGACUGGCCCACCGAGGGAAUGGGCGUGCUGUACUUCAUCGUGGCCAACCUGGUGCUCUGCUACCUGCUGCCACUCUGCGUCAUCACCCUAUGCUACGUGUUCAUCUGGCUCAAGGUGUGGCGCCGUCGUCCGCCGGGCGAGACGCACGACUUCGGCGUGGAGAACAUCAUACAGCGCUCCAAGAUCAAGGUGGCCAAAAUGCUGCUCGUCGUGGUCGUGGUGUUCGCCAUCUCGUGGCUUCCCCUGUACGCCAUCUUCGCGAGGCUCAAGAUCGGCGAGCCGCUGGCCGACGGCAGCCUCGAGCAGUCGCUCAUCGAAGUGGCCGCACCGGUCGCUCAGUGGCUAGGCGCCUCCAACAGCUGCAUCAACCCCAUCCUGUACGCCUUCUUCAACAGCAAGUUCCGCAUGGGCUUCAAGGCGAUCCUCUUCCGGCACAACUGCUGCUGCUGCUGCUGCUGCUGUUGGUGCUCCGACAGCAACGACGGCGCCCGUCGGCGCUCGGCGCCCAGCGUGGCGCGCCACGAGCUGUCCUGCAACCGGCCUUCGAGCGUGAGGACUUCCCAGGCCGUAGCGCGCAGGAAGGAUUCGCGCCUUUCGGAUGUGUUCUGACUAUGGCGGGUGAAAAACGCUGCAAAUAUGUAGCUGUUUGGUCAAGAACACAAGAUUUGUGCUUGCUUCGUAGUGUGGUGUGUUUACACGCACGACGGCACAAAUGCAGAUUAAGUUCAUUGAGCUUCCGCCUUUGCACAGCAGCCUGAGUAUUAUUGAAGUAUUCCGGAAGCUUAUGGGACAUCAGUUCCUUCCUUUUUACGACGUCUCAUUCGGUCGUAUAUUGCUAUGAGGAAAAGAGGAGGUUAAGACGCUGGGGUGCCUCAUGUCCUCAUAGUCACAUAUAAAUAGUUACUGGAAUGUGUCAUAACGAAUAUACCACGUUUUUUUUUAUCGUUUGAGCAAAUGUUUAAAAACGAAAACAACUGCGGAAGGUAAGGUUUUCUUUUUUUUAGCUUUUGAAUUGGAUUUCAGGGAGAUUGAAAAUCUCCAAUCUGAAAAUGGCCGGUAGCUAAUUAGAAGUUCAUAGGUAUAACGAAACGACGCAAACAUAACAAGAAACCAAGAACACACAGGACAGAGUGCUGUUACUGUAACUGAAAUUGAUAUCUGAAGACUGGUACUAGGCUUACUAUUUCAGCUAAGCUGACGCAACUUCACUCUACUGUGGGGCUUUGUUUUCGCAGUAUUAGCAAAACAACUUUAGUUAUUCAACUUGUGCUUUGUCGUGCAGCUCUGAUUUCUCUUAUAUUGCAAUUUGAACGAUUACCUAUUCAGGCCCUCUACUAAUACAGGACAAAUUUCGUUUUCUGCUCAGUAAAACAUUUAAAAGUAAAAC